UUGCUCUACGCCCACCUGGCGGCAGAAUGAAGCUGGAGGAUCGAGUGAAGGCUUUGGAGGAGGUUUGGGCACUGGCCUUCCAAGAACAUAAACAGCGAGUGGCAAACGGAGGAGCAGAGGACUUGGCCUUGCGAUUAGCCAGAGCGCUCGGGUCAAUCCAGGACUUGGAAGCUCACAUCGGCCUCCUUCGUGAUGAGGUGAAGGCCACAGAUUUGAAAACCUCUGAGCUGAACGUUGCCGUUUCCAGGACGGCAGAGCAAUGUUCAGGUGCAGUAGAGACGAUGGAGGAGCUGAAGGAGCAAAAUGCAGCCGCAGAAGCAAGAUUGGAGGAAGCUCGGGAGAAAAUCAAAGAGCUCUCUGACCGGUUGGUCAAGCAUGAAGAGCAUGUCGAGGCUCACCGAAGUGCUGGCAUGGAACCAGACGGUGAGGCCCCACCACAUCUCAAAGAAGCCCUGGAGUCCCUGGAGCGUCAGGCCGAGAUCUUGGCGCGACAUGAUUCGGAACUCAACGACAUGCGAGGGACGAAGGCAAUCAAAGAGGCAACAAGCCGCUUGUCAUCCACGUUGCCGACUGAAGCGGAGAACAAGUUGAUUGGCCGAACCACGCAGGAGAGUAGUGAUCUGCAGGUCUAUUCUGACAGAGCAGAGUGGCUCAUCAGAAAUGCCAUCUCGUUGAAAGCUGCCCUUCCGAAGGGAGAAUCGAUGGAGUCGCCGCGAUUCAACUUGGAAGUACCAGGUGUUGGCCACCUGCACGACCUCUGCCUGCGCUUCUUCCCAAACGGUUCGUUACAUGCGCAACAAGAGGACAGCUGCUCCCUCUAUUUGGUGCAUCCACUCGACAUGCCUUGGUCCAAGUACGAGUUGGCCGUGGGCCGCACGAUCCAGGGGCCCUUCGAUCCGAUAUUCGGAGGCACAGAUGACUUUUGCAGUUUGUCUGCGAAUGUCAGUGAGGACGAGAUGGGACAGUCUGCCAUCUGCAUCGGGGUCCGAUUUUUGGCCAAAGUUGCCGACUGA